AUGUCUGAACCUAAUCUAUGUUUACUCUAUCAGAAUUGUACAUCACCACUCACUCCUUCAGGUACAUUGUAUAAAACUAUUCUUAUCGUCGUUGCCGGUUCAAUUCUAUCCUUAUUGACAACUAUUGGCAAUUUACUUGUGUUGAUUUCAUUUCGCAUUAAUAAACAAUUACGAACUGUAACGAAUUACUUUCUUCUCUCGCUUGCUAUAGCUGAUUUCACUAUUGGAUGCUUUUCUAUGCCGAUAUUUUUCACUUUUUUUGGAAGAGAUCGCUGGCCAUUCAACUCAUUUUUAUGUGAUGUUUGGUUAAGUGUCGAUUACACAAUGUCCAAUGCAUCUGUUGCUAAUUUACUUCUGAUAUGCUUCGAUCGAUACUUUUCAAUAACACGGCCGUUGACAUAUCGAGCGAAACGAACGCCAAAACGUGUCUCAUUGAUGAUCGCUUGUGGUUGGACUAUAUCAUGUUUGAUUUGGACACCGUGGAUCUGGGCAUGGCCGUUGCUUGACAAGAGUCGUCCGCCAGGUGAAUGUCAUUUGCCGUUUGCUUCAAAAGCAACAGUGGCGAUUCCAACGGCGAUAGCUGCAUUCUAUUUGCCUGUUACGCUCAUGUGUUUGCUCUAUUUUCGUAUAUAUCGUGAAACAGUGAAACGUCGAAAAGAAUUACAUCUCCUUCAAGCACAACAUCACACUUCGUUGUCUCAAACACCGCCAGCAACAGCAAAUACCAAUACUAAUGGUCGUUUUACAAAAAAUUUAAGUAUUGCUGGUACAACAUCAGGCAUGGAGCAGGAUGAAAGCGUCUCAACAGAUUCUAAUCGAUCUCAUGGACGAAUUCUGUCGAUUCAAACAUCAACAAAUAAGAAACUCAUCUUAUCACAUCGAAAUCAAUCACGGCGAUAUUGUUGCUGCUGGAAAAGGCAAUGUGAAGAAACACAUUCGAAAGCAGGUAAAGACGACGAUGACGAUUCAUCGAGUGAAUUUCGUCCAGUCAUAUCUCCAACAAUCGAUCAGAACUUAGCUGAUGCGUAUUUACUCUCGAAUAAUAAUGGAAAACUCUCGCUGAUCAAUGAUCAUUCGAAUCCAAUUCAAGACACAUUAGAUCAAACGAAAUCACUUCCAUCAACCGAUCCAUGGAUACGUCGAUGCGAUCAACCCCUAUCGACGGAAUCUGUUUGUGAUCAAGAACAAUGUCAAAAGUCGACUCAAUAUGAAACUCAUCCAUGUUAUCAAUCUUUAUCAUCAACAUCUGAAGAUUGUCUUUCUCAUCAUCAUCAUCCGCAACAGCAAACCUAUCGACAAAUAUUAAUCAAUUCUAUCGAUAAAGAUAUCGAAUAUGUAGAAUCGAGAUUACGCGGUCAAACAACAGUUUCACUUCCAACCACACAUUCAACAACGUUUGCACACGAGAAUACUUGGCGACGUUCAUCGAAUCGAAACUAUCCCAACAUCCUAUCAUCCAAUGAUCCACCACCGAAUCGGAAAUCUUCGAACUUAAACACCAAACAAUCAUCAAAUGAUGCGAUCAGUACAAAUAAAGCAAACAAAACUCCAACGAAUGAAAACAUCAAACCAAACAAACGACGUAUCGAAAAAAUCAAAGACCAGAAAGCAGCCAAAACAUUGAGUGCGAUUCUCAUCGCAUUCAUUGUCACAUGGCUUCCAUACAAUACAAAUAUAAUUAUAUCAACCAUCAAGCCAGAUGCAUUUCAAUAUGGUUUUCCAAUGUAUUGGGAACGAUUUGGCUAUAUGUUAUGCUAUGUAAAUUCGACAAUAAAUCCGAUGCUCUAUGCACUGUGUAACGGAACAUUUCGACGAACAUUUGCUCGUAUACUCCGCUGUCAGUGUCAACGACGUCAUACGUUAAAGCAUAUUCAGAAAGCGUAUUACUUUCAGACGAAAACCAACGUGCCUAAUCACAAUUUCUAG